AUGGCGGAUGGCUGCGCGGGCGCGGCGGCGGACGCGGCGGGCGAGGCGGAGGCGGGCGCGGGCGAAUGUGCCGCCCGGGGCGCCGCGCUCGAAAGGGCGUAUGUCCACGACGUGUACGAGCAAGCUGGAGAGGACGGUGAAGACGCCCCCCGAGCGCCGGCCCCGGGCGUACAAGCGUUCUUGUCCGAACUUGAGCCUGGGAGCCUUGUUUGCGAUGUUGGUUGCGGCAACGGUAAAUACCUAAGUGUGAAUCCGUCUGUGUUCUCGGUGGGAGGAGACCGCUGUUCCAGGCUGACUUCGCAAGCUCGCCAACAUAACAAUGAGGUCGUGGUAUGCGAUAACCUCUGUCUACCGUUCCGGGACGAGUCAUUCGACGCGGUGCUGUCCAUCGCUGUGGUGCACCACUUCGCGACGGUCGAGCGCCGCGCCAUGGCUCUCCGGGAACUGGCCAGGGUCACCAGGAUCGGGGGACGGCUGCUACUUACCGUUUGGGCCAUGGAACACGAGGGGAGAAACUUCCAUUCACAGGAUGUAUUAAUCCCUUGGCAUCGACCCGCUACCUUAUGCCCACCUACACAAACUCCAAGGUUCCUUUCUGUCGAUAACGAUCAAUAUGCCGAGCCAUGGAAAAGUCGCGACGGGUCACCUGGUUCCUCAUCUUUGUCGUCGCCAAACGAAACCUGUUACUCAUUUGUGAGACGAGCGCUGCAACGAUUAGCGGGACGUCGUUCGUUUUUGCCCUCCUGGAGUAUGGGAUCACGCAUGCCACCUCGACCAUGCUCACGCCCAGAGCCUCCCGCUGCCGACUUGCCCAUUGAAUUGCGUCGACUAGACGAAGUUCUCCCGCCUAGACUGAUCACACAACAAUCCGAAUCGUCCACCAUCAAAUCCCAAAGCCUAACUAAUAUCGCGGAUGUAGACCGUCGAGCUUUAGUACGAUCUCGAUCGAGCCUACCUAGCCUUGUCAUUGAUGAGAAUGCCAAACUAUUUCACGAAAACGCUAUUGUUCCCGACUCAAACGAACCACGGAAGAAACCGCGAUUAGUCAAACAAAAGAAAUCGAUAAACGAAGACGACGCAGACGAAGACCUAGACAAACCAACAGACAUGAAAAGUUUAGUUGAAGAAAUGCCUAAUUUCAAAAUUCAUACACAUAGAUUACAAUCUAAAAAACCCGGAGUAUUCAAGCAAACAUCGCUAAAUGAAGAAUUGAUGUCAGUAGAACGACUAAGAGAAAAAGAACGCUUGAGGAAAAACAUACAAAAGCAAGCAUCAUUGAAUGAAGAAUAUCUUUACCGACGUCCGGGUGCUCUAGAUUCAAUCCGCGACUCCAUAUUUUCUACUUCAGCAACAACAGCUAAGAAAUUUCAGUCCCUUAAAAAUGGCCUCACUAGUAAAUUCAAAACUUCUACAACGAAUAUAGAUAAAGUAACAGUGUUUGUACGAAUGCUCCAAGGUUGGAAGAGUCACGGACCAGUUCCUGAAGUUCCUACACCGAGUGAUAAUAAUACUCCAACCGAAAAGACGUACCCAGAAAGACGACAUUCAAGAGAGGAUGGAUCCGAUUCAUCUAAAGAUAGCAGUUUGCAAAGUGAUACUAGUGUUGAUUCAGAAGAUAGUUUUGCCUCCGUUAUUUACGUCCCAAAAGCAGACGGUUCUGGAGAUCCCUUGUCACCGACACCUCUUUCACCGGGUCCUACUUCACCAAGACUUAAAGUGUCUUCUGUGCCGACAUCUCCAAGAAUGAAAAGUUCACCAGGUCUUCCUUCUCCAAGGAUAAAACAAGCUUUUCCACUUAUUCGUCCCCCACCUUCACCUAACAAUGUACAACCGCCAUCUUCGGUAAAUAAAAUAUUAGUGGCCCAAUACAGCUUAAAGAAUUAUUCCACAAACACAGUUUGUGCAGUACCUCUUAAACCUCAAUCUAAAAGUCAACCUAAUUCUCCGCCUAAAUCCGAAUCUGAAGAUUGUACUAUUAAGCCUGAGUUGCAACAUAUAAUAAAUAGAGAUAUUUACAUGGACGUCUUUGACGAAGUAGAUCCUAUACCACCAAUUCUAGAAGAAGAAGAAACUCCAACUGAAGUAACCAAAGAAUUGAUUGCAGAAAUCAACAAGGAUAUAGAAGAAAUACAUAAGCUUACAGCUGAAACAAAUCAAUUAAAGCCAAGAGUAGUACUUCAAGAUGUUAAACCUUAUCCAAAAAUUACAUUGCAAACAGUAGCUGAGUUACCUGAAAUACCACAGUUCAAACCAAAGGAAUCCAAUAAAUCACUUGCAACUAACACAUUAGAUUCAACAAGAGCUGUUGAUAAGAAGAAGAAAGAAAGAAUUAGACAAAUUAAAGAAAUGCUGAACAAGGGUAUUCCCUCCGUUAAUGUUGGCAGGAGACCACCGUUUCCAAUAGUUCGUGCAAAUAAAGCCGAACCAAUCGCUAAAAGCCGUCCGACACUAAUGUCUUUAGAACUAUUUAAUCCAGCUACUGAUGACAUGGAUAGUGACUCGAGCGGUGUUUCAUCGCCAGACUCGGUCGAUAGUGUUAUCAGCGUGGUACCAGAAGAACUUCGCAAAACAGCCAUGGAAAAAGAUCAAACCAAUCUCACAAUAACGGAAUCAAAAAAAGAUGAAACAACACUAAAAGAGAAAUCACCAUCUAUAUCUCUAGCUCCCCAAACACUAAUUGCCGCGGCAGCUGAAGUGGCACAUUCUUUGGAUGAGACGUGCGAAACAGUUAUUCAAUCAAGCCCACGAUCUAAACGACGUCAACUCGAAAAACUUGAAAGCGCAGAAGCCAUUGCAAUCAUUCAAGGUACCUCUAGUAGUAGCAGUAGCAGCAAUUGGAGUUUAAAUAAGCUUUCUCCAGGCGAUUUAAGGAUUCUGGAAGACAAAUCCCGAUCACAUACCAGUUCUAGUGGAAGCUCAUCAAGCCUAGAACGCCUCUCUCCUGGCAGAAGGUCAAAAGAUCGAUCUCCGAAGCUAGGAAGCACAAGCAAUUCUACAUGGAGUCUCAACCGACUAUCUCCAAAUAGACCAGAAGGGCGGUCGCUUGAUGAAAAUUUAAGUAAAAGUCACAGGAGUCCAACUCGUCUCCAAUAUGAUUCUAUUUCAAUAUCCAGUACUGAUUCAGAAAAAUCUAUUUCGAAAUCAGAAAGCUUCAAUAGAAUACAAAAUGAACCAUUAGUCACGUGCAAAUCAGAUAUGUUAGCUAAAGAGGAAGACUGGGUGGUGGACCAACAAGAUCGUGGCCAGCACCUUACUGAAUUCGCGGAGAAGUUAAGUGAAAAAUUAUUACAAGAAAUCGAUCAAUACUCAAAGAGAAUAAAUGAAGAAGACUUUGAUUUGCCUAGCAGUAGUAGUAGUGAGAAGAGUAUUUCUCUUAGACUGAAACGAGAAGAGGAAGACAGAAAUACACAAAAGAUAUUGGAUGAACUUUCAGAUAGCUUGCAACACUUAGAAGACCCGUAUGCAAAUAAAUUAAGUACAGAAAUGCAAGGUCUAAAUAAAGUAGGUGCAGAAAUUCAUGAGAGGACUAAAUAUCUUACUUCAAUUAACGAUACACAAGAGACUGAUAUAAACAAAUUGUUUCCUAAAUGUGGCACUAAGACAAAGAGCAAAAAGAGAUCAAAAGAUGUGGAUCCUAUUAUAAACAAAUAUAGGGAAUUGAAAAAGACAAUGAAGGUGACAAGCGAUGAAGAUUUAUACUUGAACAAUUGUGCCAAUAUCCAAUACAAUGUAAAACCAAACACAGACGAAAAAUUAACUGACAUAGACACGAAAAAUCCAGACGACGAUAGUGCCAUAUGUUCUAGCAAUGGAAAUCCUGAGAUAACUAUAGAUUCUGGUGCUUACGACACCAGCCAAUCACUUGAAACUGGAUAUUCUUUAGAAUCUGAAAUUAGUGUAGACUCUUUAUGUACAAGCACAGACAAAAGGUCGUCCCUAAAAGUCGGGCAGUCGACUGAUUCGAGUGAUUUGGACAAAAUGGAAAUAAGUCCAGAAUCUAUAACAUCUCGAUCUAGCGCGAGCACGGCGCCACUGAAGUCUGGAUUUUCAAUAGAAUCGAGCGAUACAUCAGCGGGUAGCGACUGGAGCAGACGAGAUAAAACUGGAAGUACUGCUUCAUUGGGCUGCGCUAGUCUUGCUUCAUUGCCAUCAUGCAGCGAGAGUUCAAAAGACAGAAAGCUGCUAGAAACCCGUUCAUCAUCUGAAGACACGGCUCCGGCGCCAUCUGUCCCGGCGCGAGCUAUACCUCACGCUCCUCUCCUGCCCUCACUCAGUGAUGGUUCAGAUAGUUUACCUUCAGAAGGGGGAGCGGUUACUUACCAUAGAUAUUACCAUGUUUUCAAACGAGGAGAACUCGAUCAACUGAUCGAGAAAUACGUGGAGAGUCUCCACGUCGUGUCGUCAUAUUAUGACCAAGCCAGUUGGUGCGUGGUUGCAGAAAAGGUACAAGUGUGGACCAUUUAGGUUUCCUUUCGUUAUUUCUAGGAAAUCUCAAUAAGUGUGUUGCUGGUCUGGUCUUGCGUAGAGCAUUAAUGAAUUGAAAUCUUAUGAAAUAGUGAACAUUGUUACAAAUAUUGAACUUACUAUAAACAGUACUUUAUGCAGUGAUUACAUUCAAGUGACCUUCCUAACUAACUCUUAGGCCUAGCGUAUGAUGACUAUACUCGUACACCACGGCAGAGGAUGUUUGUACAUUUUCUGUAGAGCAGCUUACCUUCCAUACAAUCUGUAAAUAUUAAUCAAAUGAAAAGCUAUUGGUGAAAACAAUUGUAAAAUCCGUUGUCAUGGUGUACCAUCAAUGUUCGCGUGACCACAGUGAGUGUUGAGGACAUUAUAAAAAUUGAUCAACCCUAUGAAUUGCCAAAAGCGAAGCUUUUGUUUUGAAUAAUUCUAGUAACAUUAUACAGGUUAUCUGUUAUCUCUUACUUUGUUGCCCAAAACGCAGCACUGUAGAUGCUGUUCAAAAAGUAUUAUUUAUUCAACAAUAUCAAAUUAAUAUGUUUAUUGAUUGACACAAUAUUCAAUGACUGAGAAAUAAAGGCAUAUCUGUUAAUUUUGUUGUCUUUUAACUUUGCUGGCUUAUUAGAUUAUCAUUAAGAUUUUGAAAUUCAUAACUUAUUGAAUUGCACUUAGUAAUGCUGCGACAUAUACUAAGGGCACUAGUAUUCUAUGCGGGAAUAGGACUCGCAUAAAAUGAAAACUAAGAGCUUUAAAUAGUGAAAAUUAAAUAUAAAUAUAUUAUACACUUCAGUGGCUCAAUAUAUAUGAUAAGCUAUUCGUAGCUUGUUAACGAUACUUUAAAAAUCAUGUGUACCUACCCAAUGAGUACAUCCGAAGACAUUCUCUCAUUAUUGUACCCUUAAAUGUACCUACCAUCCUUCAAAACCAAAAAUUUUAUUAACUUUCGAGUAAUUUUAUUAUUGAAGUCACCAUCUUCUUCAAUAAACUUAAAAUAGAUAUUAUUCUAAGACAAUAACGAGAUUAGUAAACUGUUUAAAUAGUCUAUUAUUAAAGUCUUAAAAUAUUAAUAUUGUUUAGUUUUGUAUGUACCUAUAAUACGAUAUAUUUUUGGUUUUGGAAUAUGGUCUACUAUUUCUUUCUAAUAUCUUAGCGUUAAUUAAUUGAAAUAAAAUGUACCAUUACGAGCUGGCCUCUCAAACAAAUGGAAUAUAUGUAAAUUAUGUAUGGGUCCAUGUGAACAUUUUUACAUCAGAUUGUGUUAUCUUCAAUGAACUCAUACUAAAUUUGGACCAUUUAGUGAGGUUAGUGGUGUAGUGGCCGUAGUGGCAUUAAGAUCGUUUCCCUUGCCUACUGUCAACAAUUGAGAGUACAAAUACAUGCAUAAACCAGUUUGAUUAAUACUCAAUACAAGAAUGUACUUAUUACUAUUAAAAAUCUAAGCCUUAUGAAGGUUACUAACCAAUUUUCUUCCGAAUGUGUAAAGGCAUGUGUAAUGUACCCCAUUAGCAUUCAUUUUUAUACGUGUAAUUAUUUUAUAUGAAAAAAAAAAUAAUUUACUUUAUAGAGUAAUUUGUCACAAAUCGAUUUAUUAUAAGUGAAAAUAACGAAUUUUAAAUUUCAUUUUUAUUGACGUAUUAUUUAAUGAUAAGUAAUUAAGGUAUGUAAGUUAAUUGAUACGACUUUAAACCCUACAGUAAUUUAUCUAACAAUGUAUUAAUGGUACCCACACAUUAAAAUAAGUGUAAGUUUUGGUGAACAAUAAUACGGAAACAUUUGCUUAUGCGGUAAAAGAAAUUAAUAUUGACAAAAAUUAUUCGGUAUGUUAUUGUAAAUAAUCGCUAUAAGUAUAUAAAGCUAUUAGAAAUUAAUUAUGUUAUCAAAAUCAGUGAGAUUAAAAUUAAUAUAUUAGUGUAGUGAUCAUGAACACACCCUGUAUACUCCAUAUUAUCUGCUAUAUGUACAAGAAUCUCAUAUAUUAUUAUAAAAGAAACUAUUCAGUAUACAGGGUAGGCAUAGUUCUUGCAUUGUCAUUAGGAUUAUACGCAAUUAGUAUAUAAAUAAUCAAAAUGUAGAGACUAGGAGGAAAUAAUAUAAACUGCACAACUGUUCAUUCUAUAAGGCAAGGUGUUUGCAGUUCAGUAUAAAUAUUAGACCAAUUAAUGACGAAUGACGAAUAUAAUUUUUAAACAUAUUCAGUAGAUAAAUACAAAUAAAGAGUACUUAAUUAAAAAAGUUGAUGCUGAAAUAUUUAUACUACUCGUAAUGCCUACCUAUAUGUAAUAUAUUAGUCAACCAAAGUUGCUGUCUAUUCAAAAUUGAUCAGAAAUUCUUAAAGCUAUAUUUACUGAACUGCAAAGUUUGACAGCAAAAAUCAACUUGAUGUGAUUUCUCAAAUACACAUUAGGAUAUUUAAAUAAAAUUAUUAAGGAUUUAAUAUUUUCUAAUUUAAAAUCUUGUUUGACGACAUAUGUAUUACUCCGCCCGUGGGGCGAUAAAUUCAUUUUCGAAUGUUGUGACGUUUACAAAGCAUAUCAGUGCUGUUUGUCUAUAAGAAAUUGGGUAUUUUUUCCUAUUUUUGUAUAAUUGAAUUGCGUAAUGUAUAAUUUUCGUGAAACAUACAGGGUGUCACUGUCACAGACGUGAGAACGCACAUGCACUUAGAAAAUGUAUAGUAAUUAAUCUUUUAUUCUCCAUGUGACCAAAAUUGACACCGAUUGGGAAAAUCAGUACUUACGAGGUUAAUAAUGAGCAAAAUUACUCGGAACAAUGUGACUUAUCGAAAGAGCAAAAUAUUAAACAUAUUAACAUGUCUCCAUCAGACAAACGAAACUUCGAACAAGAAAAAACUCGGAAGGCCAAACAUAAUAUUGAUUAUGAAAAAUAGUAGUUACUAUAAUAUACGAAAUUAAUCAUUAGUUCCGUGCCACUUGUGUUUUUUAACUUAUUUAAGAUUGUUUUGUGUCUGAGCGAAAGGGCGUUGCCUGUUUUCUGCACUUAAAAUGCAUAAAAAGAGUGAGCAAAGAAAAUUGAUACGAGAAGUCUGUAACGUGUACCAAUAACAAUACACUGAGUUGCAAAAAUAUAUACUCAAACACUGAGAAUUUUGCUCGCUAUUGUCCAAUCAAUUUAUCAUAAUCUAUUAAAGAUUCUGUUAUACUUCUUAAAUCUUUUCAACAUAAUAUAUCUGUACAUAAACAAACGUAUGUUAACAUUUUAUAUUGCUGAGUUUCACAUUGGCUUGAUCUGUGAUACCUAUUAUAAUAAAACACGGCACAGACCCGACCAUAUCUACGAAUCUUUUCUUAAAAUAUCGUCUCAAUUACCAUUUUGUCUUAAAAGAUGUAAAAUACCUAAAUAUUUAUAACGAUUUUUAUAUAAUAAACAAAAGCGAUCAUUUUUAAACUUAAACAGAGGAUCAUUGCGCUCUUUCUACAUGGAGCCCAAUAAGAACUAAAGAUGUUUAAAAAUGAACGUACAAUUUCAUUUCAUCGGGCUGUGUGAUAUUAUUUUUAACUGCCUGAUAUUCCGUAGUGGAUUUUUUUUGCAAUUUUUCAUCAUUGGCAACAUUUAAGGGAAGUUUUAUAAUGAAAAUAAAAUUAUACCACAGAUUGUAAAAAUAAAUAUAUAAACUAAACAACGCAUGUUAGUUAAGUCUUUGAAGUGAAAUUGGUUAGCACAAUGUAAUAAGAUACCUAUAUACUGAUUUAUGUUGUAUGUUAAAUUUUACGCACUGUAUCAAAUUGUUCAAGAUAUAAUAAAAGAAAGAUUACGCUGAACAUUUCACAAUGUGUCUGAAAUUUGAUUGCAUGAAACAAGUUGUCAACUGAAGCAAAAAUAAAUAAAUCGGACGAAGUAAAUUCAAGUUUUACAAGCAGGGAAUGUCACGUUAACUUGCAAUAAAAAAUAAUAAUUUUUUCGUAAACAAAAAUAGUUCA